AACUUUUUUUUUUUUUUUAAUCGUUGUUGUUGUGCACUAAUCUACUGUACUGCUAUAAACUGGGAUUCCAAUAAUUCGUUUGCUGCGGAAUAACACGGAAAAACGCGUUUUCAGAGAUUUUUUAGUUUUACACAUGCGAGGCUUUAUUUGCUAAUAAUAACCAAAAUCAAUACAUGUAUAAUAUGUAAACAUCAACACCGAUAUCUUUGCUUUAAAUUUGCGUAAAAAUGCAACUUCGUGCAGCAAGACUGUAGAUUAUAUUAAACAUGCAUUAAAAUGCAAUGAAACGUAAACAAGAUGAGGCCGAAACAUGUAGGGCCAUGAUAGUAAUUUCGGAAUGGUCAGUGUGCGAGUACGUGCAAGAAGCCCACCGACAUACAUACUCUACCAUGCAGAUCGGUCAAAGUCUUUGUGCGGCUUUGCUGCUGAAGAAACAAACCGACAGCAUUCAGGUCUGUUAUUCGACAGCACUGUGACUGCAACGUGUUUUCCUCAUGGUAGUGUGCGGUACCGUAGCUUUAUUAUUCACACGCCCCUGGCUGCAAAUAGUUGAGUGUAUGUUCCAGUCUUUGGAGGGUAGGCCAUACAAUAAAGGGAACACUGUUACUGACUAAAGUAAAUAGCCCUAGUGAUAAGUUGUGUGUUCAAAACUUCACCAGGUAGAUCUUUAUGCUUAACUGCAUACAAAAAAAAAAAAGAUUAGGCUUUUUUUUUUUGUUAUUUAUUAUGCUUUGUAAGCAUAGUAAUAUAUUUUACCUUUAAAAAAAAUAUAGAUAUAUAAUGUAAAUGAAUGAAUGUGUGUGUAUAAUCAAACCAAAUGUAUGUGGCAUGCGCUGUAAUGUCUUUCAUCUGCUCAGAAUUUCAUUGGACUGUUCUUGUGGUUUGUCCACUGUGAUGUCACCGGCCGCUCUCUAAUUCUGGUGAUAUUGGCAACAUUCUUACUGGAGUGACUCAAGUCAGAGGUGUCCAAAGUUGUUCUAACCCUGUUCUAAAUUGUUUAAGUGAGCCAAUUAAACCUCCAUCCAGACCCAGAGUGCUCAGGCCCAUGCUGGAGUGUGUUUGGACUGGAUCAGAAUGAAAGGACCGAGACUGGCGUUGUGUUUAACCCUGAGCGUGGCUGCCUUGCUGCUUCCUUUGUCGUGGAGCCACAGAUCCAGUGCUAAGAAGAUGCCCCAGGCCGCGAUGGUGCAAGCUGCGGCCGGCAGUCGCUGGUGGUGCGCCGAGGAGCUGCUGAGUUUCGGGGUGCUGUCGGAGCUCUUUGUGGGGGAGAGGUUUGACGCCUGGGUCUGCUCUCUCAUUGGCUCGGUGAUGGUUGGCCUUAGUGGCAUCUUUCCCCUCCUGGUCAUCCCCAUCGAGGCUGGGGCCACCCUGAAAACUGAAGCGGGCUCCCAGAAGCUGAAGCAGCUGCUGAGUUUUGCGAUCGGUGGCCUGCUGGGUGACGUCUUCCUGCAUCUCCUGCCAGAGGCCUGGGCUUACUCCUGCAGCAGCAGUGGCACAGAUGGGAGCCACAGUCACCAGCAGCACGCGUCCAUGGGUCUCUGGGUGAUAGCAGGGUUGCUGACCUUCCUCGUCCUGGAGAAAAUGUUCCCUGACGGAGAGAGGGAGGAAGAGGGUGCAUCAGUGUCUAGCUGCACAGAAUCUGAUGCCAGUUUUCACAAUGGAACCUGUGCUGGACAGAUAAUCGCUCUGAAAGAUAAGACCAGACUCUCCAGUGGUCACUGCAAUAACUCUGUGCUGCAGCCCAAGACGAUGUUACACCAAACUACAGAGAAAAUAAAGACGAGCGGAUAUUUAAAUCUACUGGCCAACUGCAUUGAUAACUUCACCCAUGGACUGGCUGUGGGAGGCAGCUUUCUUGUCAGUAAAAAGGUCGGCUUUUUAACAACGCUGGCUAUUCUUCUUCAUGAAAUACCUCACGAGGUGGGGGACUUUGCCAUCCUGCUGAGAGCCGGGUUCGACCGGUGGAGCGCUGCCAAGAUGCAGCUCUCCACAGCAUUGGGGGGGGUGCUGGGAGCUGGCUUUGCAUUGUGUGCACAGUCCCCUAAAGGAGCAGAAGGCACAACCUCCUGGAUCUUGCCAUUCACUUCUGGAGGAUUCCUGUAUAUAGCUCUGGUCAAUGUAGUGCCUGAUCUUCUUGACGAGACCAGUCUUAGACAGUCUGUCCUGCAAGUCCUGCUCAUGUGCAGCGGUAUUGCAGUCAUGGUCGUAAUGUCGGCAAUAAUUGAGUAAACUCUUCGUGAGCAGGGCCAUGUGACAAUCGGCUAGCUGGAAGAAAAACAAUCGCCCAACAGACCGUUCUGCUCCGGAACUUGAAUUUCAAGUACCUUGCUCAGCGCUUUUUUUUUUUUUUUUUUUUUUUUUUUUUUUUUUUUAAGGCUUUAUUAAGUCUAAUAGAAGAUCGUAAUCAAAUACUAAAUUGAAGUGGGCUGACAAUCUCUUCUGUUAUUUUUAAUUUAAAUAAUAAUGAAUAUAGUCUUUAAAGAUACACUUCCAGACACUUUUUUUUUAA